AUGAUUUUUAUGGGUAACAGGCAAUGGUUUAGUGCUAAAUUUUGUACUGGUGGAGCCCUGCCAAAAUGUAUCAGGUUUGAUAGUGAAGAGUACUGGCAUGAAAAACUUGAAAUAACUUUUGAUUUUGAUGAUAAUGAGGAGGACUUUACUACUGUUGUUCCUACAAGUAAAGUUAAAUUUUCCCAUCUUCCGCACAAAGAUGUAUCGGCAAACACAGUUAACGAGCUUACUACCAGUCACUCAUCAGAGAAAGUGGGCUUUGAUGCAGUGGUUGAGUCCAGUUUACCUUCCACACAGUUAAUAGAAGACCACCUAAUAUCAAUGAAACUAGAGCCAAGAAGUUCUUCGAAAGACAUUAAAAAUCAUACUUCUCCAAUAAAUACAGUUAAAAGAAUGGUCCUAGGACAGCCCUUCUUCUUGGAACACUUCAAGUCAAAGAAAGACAAGUUUCAGUUGUUGGACUGUGCAAUUCAAAUAAAAGAUGGAAGUAUUAUAACUGCUAUUGUGCUUUUUUUAAAAAAAACAUUGAAACAAUCUGUGUUUAUUCAAGAAGUACUACAGAGACCAGAAGCUGUCAACCAUUAUUUGUAUUACUUGAAAAGUUGUUCAGAGUUUACAGAACUGUCGGAUCUGUUAGUAUUAUUAGGAAGAACAGAUGAAGCUGGUAUGUUGAACUACAAAUUGGCUGUUAAAACAGCACAACCAGAGAAAAAACUGAAACUUCUACAGCAUUGUCAGAGGAACCAUUUUCAGUCUGAUCCUAGCUUGUCCAUAUAUUUCCAACUGCUCGGUGAACAAAUUUCGCUUCUUGAAAGACAGUUUCCGAUUGAAGAAGGCGAUAUCAGACAAGAAAAAGAAGGAAUAAAUCCCAUUUUUCAAGAAAUACCAAGACCAGCUUCACUGAUUAAUAAUUCUGUAAUUACAACAUUAUACUAUUGUUGCCUUUAUCAUUGGGAAUUACCCGAGAACAAUUUUGCUAGUCCCCAAGCUAUAAAGAAAGCCCAUCAACUUACAGACAAGCAGUUUGUUUGGACUGCUCUUGGUGCACUUACUCAAAGACAGCAGUGGAAUCAAAUACAAAAUCUUUUCCAGAGUAAAUCAUGGCUUGGAGGGACUAAGAUGAGAUGCUGUAUUGGCUUUGACAAAGUUGUAGAUGUUUUAUGUUUACAUAAAGCUCCCAUUGAGGUUGUAUCAAAAUACUUGAAAUUAGUGGAUGGAUUAGAGAAACGCCUCAGCUUAGCUAAAAAGUACAAAUGUCAUCAAGUUGUGGUUGACACUUUAGUUUUAAUGAAGGAUCGUUUGGGGUUAGAAGACUACAGGAAAAAGCUCCUUCCACAUUCCACAGAACACUUGUAUUUACAAGAAGCACUCAGAGCCUCGACCAUUAAAUGGAAAAAUUAGCAGGUGAGAUUAUCAAGAGAAAAGUUAAUAUUAGAAGUCAUCAGAUAACAGUUUUGAACUUUAUCACAUCAAUGAAGAGUGAAGAAUUUCUAGUGUCACACAUUAUUCAAAGUCUGUAGCAAGAAAACAUAUUAUUGGACCUGCAGCAAGUAGAAACUCACCUUUGUAUUUGAUUGCCUCUGUUGAUGUGAUGAAAUGGUGAACAUGAACAGGCUAGCUAGUUUUUCAGAAAUCACGCUGUAUCAUUUUACUGUUUCAAUCCCAGCAUAAACACUACCUGUAUUUUUUAUGAAAUGUUACUAUAUUAUACUUUGUUUCUGUAUAAAUGUAAAUCUUGUAUUUAAUACGGACAUAUUAGGGUUUUCUCAUAAAAGAAGUUAUUCUGCAAUGAAAACAAGAAGCGAUUUUAUGUAUGUAAUUGAAUACUUUAGGUAAUAUUUAAGAACGAUUUGCAGCAAUUAAGUGAGGCAAGCCAUUAUUCAUGGUAUAUUGUCAAGUUAAUUACUGUACAUGAUUCUGUUAAUAAAUUUUUGAUAAUAAAGUGUU